UUGUCGCUGUUUUUGGCUUACAACAGAUUACAAUGCAAUGGGUAACCAACUGCAAUGCCAAAUAUUUACAGUUACAGCAACUCUGUUUCUUUCAUUUAUAGGCAUUCUUCUGCUCGCCAUCAACACUGAAGAUUUCAAAGAACCAGCACAAUUCAUGUAUGGAAUAGUCUUGGAUGCUGGAUCCUCCCAUACUGCCAUGUACAUCUACAAAUGGCCAGCGGACAAGCACAAUGGAACUGGCAUUGUCAGUCAACAUAGCGAGUGCCAUGUGCAGGGAAUCUCCAGUUAUGCAGGUAACAGAGGAGGAGCGGCCAGUAGCCUUGAGGAAUGUAUGGAACAGGCCAUACUGGACAUGUACAAAGUCAGACAAGAACUCACCCCUUUGUAUCUUGGGGCUACAGCAGGCAUGAGACUACUCAAUAUAUCUAGACCAAAGGAAUCAGAUGAGAUUUUGAAAGAAUUGGGAGACAAAUUGAAGACCUAUCCAUUCAGCUUCAAAAGGGCCACUAUCUUAAGUGGACAAGAGGAGGGGGCAUAUGGAUGGGUCACAGUCAACUAUCUGCUGGAGAACUAUAUCAAGUAUGGUUUUGUGGGUCAGUGGCUGUCCCCUGGUAAAAAGAUGAUUGGUGCCCUUGACUUAGGUGGAGCUUCAACUCAGAUCACCUUUGCGACUAAACAAACUGUGGAAAACAAGGACAACCUAAUGACACUUCGGUUAUAUGGGCAAGACUAUCAGGUUUACACUCAGUGCUGUCUGUGCUACGGAAGAGACCAGGUCUUACUCAGACUACUAGCACAUCUGAUUACAACUCAGGGAUCAGACAGCUCUAUAGUACACUCUUGCUAUCCUGCAGGUUACAAUGACUCCAUAAAACUAGGCAUUGUGUUUGAUACUCCAUGCAUUAAAAGACAAACACCCUAUAACUCUGAUGACAUCCUGCAAAUAAAAGGCACUGGAAACUACAAUCAAUGUCUGGGAAACAUUUCUCAUCUCUUCUCUUUUAAUAAUUGUUCUUAUUCCAAAUGCUCUUUUGAUGGAGCCUUCCAGCCCAACAUUACAGGAAAUUUUAUGGCAUUUUCUGCAUUCUUCCACACUUAUUCCUUCAUUCAGAAAGCUUCCGGCAUCACCAUCUCUUCCCCAGCACAGUUAGAGGAUGCCGUGCACAAUGUCUGCAACAUGAGCUUUCAGGAGAUGCACAAUAAGUUUCCAGAUGAGGGGAACCAUUUGAAGGACUACUGUGCAGACUCUGUCUUUAUGCAGAUGCUUCUGAUCAGUGGAUAUGGCUUCAAUGAGAUUUCCUUCCCACAGAUCUCCUUUCAGGAAAAAGCUGAAGACACCUCUGUGGGAUGGUCACUUGGCUACAUGCUAAGUCUUAGCAACUUGCUGCCUGCCGAAAAAGUGUCACUCAGAACAGCACUGCGCCCAGAAGCCUGGCGUGCUGCGAACUUCCUCUUUUGCGUGUUUCUCAUCGCAGCUAUUUUUUUUCUGCUGCGAACCUACCACAAGAAUAGCACUAAAUUAAAUUGUUCCCCUUUAUCAUUAUGCUAAAUAAUUUUUCUGUUUUUUAAGAAUGUUUGGGCUACCUCUUCAGUUAGUCUUUUUUUACAACAGACUGAAAUCAUGAGAAUGUACUGUUAGUGUAAAGAUGUAAACUUUUGUAUUGUCUUUCAAAAUCAUUUUUGUAUUGUUUCAUCUACUGUAUAUGUAUGUGUUGCUUAGAACAUGCCAUGAUUUUAUUAGGCCUGCAAUUGUUACUUUUUUUAAGUUCCUUUCGAAAUGCUUAAUUAUGUUAGAG